AUGACGGCUUUGGCAUGUCAGAUCGGGCGAACACUGCGGGACAUGCUCAGCGCUGCCGGCACAGUGGACCCGAGCUCGACGUCAUCUCGUCAUCUCGUCACCCCCGCAGUGUUGGGAUCGCUCCACGUCCACGUCGUCUUGACCGGGCUCCUGCGACCUGCCUCGGAGAGUAUCCCCGUAUCCCACAUCAAUGCGCCGAGCAAUGACCAAGGUCAUCGGUGUUCCCCUGCGCGCUGCCCCGGUGGCGAGGGCUCCUCGGACACCCGCCCGCACCUCGAUGCGCAACGGCGCAGCUCUUCCACCGCAGCCACCGCGGCCACUGCGUUCCACGUCCACGUCGGCGCCGAGAACACGGGCCUGCUCAAGGUGCCGCAGACGGCCGACGUCGCGCGCAAGGUGACGGAGCUGUUGCAAAAGGACAUUGAUACACACCAUUGCUUCUUUAACAAUGAUGGAUUUCACAACCAUAUCGUCCACCACAUGCUCAGCCUCUACGGCACGGGCGCCGCCGCCGCCGACAUCCAAUUCGCCUACGACCAGAACAAGACGUACCAGCGUCCGCUGAGCCGCCCCCACGACCACAUCGCCGAGCACCUGGCGUCGUGGCCCGAGGCCCUCAAGUACAUGGGCAGCCCCAAGUACUACCCGGACCUGUUUGUCUAUUUCCGCGGCGAGAUGGACGAGCUGGGCUGGCAGGAGGCGCUGAAGAAGCACUUGUUUGCCGGUACUGAGCGGAGCGACGAUAUGCUCCAGCGCAUGUUUUCCGAUCCUCGAUCUGUUCGCGGCCGCGGAGCGGACCCCGCGCUGCGACGGCACGUGGCCGAGGGCGAGCCUAGCAACACCACGCGGCUCACGCGCGACGGCAUCGAGGACUCGGCGCCCUUUGUCGCCCGCGUCCGCAUCGCCGAGGACGAGCUCGAGGAGAGGACGGCGGAGAUGAUGCAGGCUGCGCUGUGGCUGGCGGCGGCGGCGACGAUGCACCCGCCGAAUGUGCCGAGAUUUGAUUUUUCCUCAUGUGAUCACCACAUCAACCUGGCGCCCAUCUUCCUCACCAUCAACGCCCAGCCGUGGAUCCCCACAGCCCAAAAGAUUCGCAUCCUCGAGUGGAAGAUUCGCAUCAACUUGAUCAACUGGCUCGCCGUCGGAGCGCCGCCUCAAGACUUUUACAAGGCGCUGGACUACGGCCCCGAGAACCGCAGCCCCGCGAUGAGUCCCGAAGAACUCCUUCCCAAAUUCUUCCGCGUCGACGACGACGGCCACACCAUCAAGCUCGUCCGCGCCACCCUCUUGUGCCGUGAACAGCUGCGCAAGUACGCCGAUAAACCCUGGGUCCGCAUCCAGGGCGACGACCGGUGGUUGAGGCUGGCCCACCUUUGGUUGAUGCCACCGUGGACCCCGAGGGAGAUAGGUGGGUGCGCGACGCCGGGUUUGAUUCCGCAUGGGAGGUAA